AAUUUCUCCUCGAAUCAAUUGAUGGUCAAUGAGGAAGCUGUUUAAAAAUUAAGCAGAAGAUUUACGAAGAAAAUAAAAGAACCAGUGGACAAUGGCUCAGUCAAAUGCUUUAACAACAACAACAACCGGAUCAAGUGCACCAUCCGUGAUUCCUCCAACUGCUCCAACAGCGUCUGUAAAGACAAAGGCACCAACGAAGGGACCUGUUCAACCACAAAAGAAGCCUACUACGGUGGAUAACGGGAGAAGAGCCUACAGAAAUCAAGUGGUGGUAGAGAAUGUCGAUCGGCAGGCAUUUCGUGGUAUCGAAUCGUUUCUGAGUUCUCUCGGACAAGCUGUCGGACUCGGAAAUAUCUGGAGAUUCCCAACAACCGCUUAUAAAAAUGGAGGUUUAUCAUUUCUCAUCGCAUACGUUGUAUGUGGAAUACUGUUCGCCGUUCCAGCAAUUCACAUGGAAUUCGCUCUGGGACAGUAUGCAGCCAAGUCGCCGCCUGCGGCCUUUCGAAGAAUGAUGCCUAUUUUGGAAGGAGUCGGAUGGAUGACUUGUCUAGUCGGAGCGAUCAUAGGUGUCUACUAUAUGAUUGUCAUCUCGUGGAUAGUUUUGUACCUUUUCAAUAUAAUAUACGCUACCAAGAUCAGCAAGUGUAAUAAUGAUUGGAACAAGAAUCGAUCGACAAUCUGUUAUGAAGGUGUCAAGCAGAAGUUAUGCAGCGGAUAUAUGCUGAAUAGUUCUCUGGUGAUGACCAAUUUGACUAGAAAUGCGUCAGUGCACAGCAAAAUGAUGUAUAUUGAUGGAAAGUGCCAGAACGCGACAAAUAUGAAGUUGGCAGUCGGGACUGAGCAGUUUUUUACAAACUUUGUUGUCAAACCAUCGACAGGCUUUACCGACUUCAACUCGAUCAACGUCCCGAUGCUCGCCGCAGUUGCUGUCUGCUGGGUCAUUGCAAUCAUUAGUUUGAUACGCGGAAUGAAGGCCAUCGGAAAACUGUCCUAUUACACUGUACUUCUCCCGUAUGCUAUAAUAAUUGCACUCAUGAUUCGCGGGCUUACUCUUGAAGGCGCCAGUACUGGAUUACACUUUCUUUUUUGGGGAAAACCAAAUGAAUAUGGACAUUACGAUUUUGCUGGGCUUUACGAUCCGGACGUUUGGAUAGCUGCGCUCAUGCAAAUGUGCUUUUCGCUGUCCAUUGGACAAGGUGGACUCAUGAAUAUUGGAUCGUAUAAUAAGAAAACGUACAAUUGGUAUCGAGAUGCAUACUUGGUCGUCUUGUGUGACACGCUCAUGUCUCUUCUUGGCGGUACGGCGGUCUUCUCGACUCUCGGCUUCUUGGCCGAGCAAAGGAACAUUUCGAUUUCAAAUCCAAAAGGCUUCAAUGAAGUUGUCCAGGAAGGUCAUGCGCUUGCAUUUAUUGUCUACACUGAAGCAAUCGCCCAAAUGCCUUACCCAUUCCUCUGGUACGCAUUAUUUUUCGUAAUGCUUUUUCUACUGGGAAUUAGUACUGAAAUUGUAAUCAUUGAAACAGUGUGUUCUUGUCUUGCGGAUCGCUUCCACUACCUUCGCCAACACCGCUGGAUUACUGUAGUAACAGUUUCAACGACAUUCUUUCUAUUAGGACUUGUCAUGACGUCUGAUGCUGGCUUCUAUUGGUUCGACCUCUACGACGAGUAUAGUGCAGGAGUCUCAGCGACCAUUGGAACUGCAAUCAUGUGCCUCACAGUUUGCUGGUGCUAUGGGCUUGAUAAUUUUCGAGCAGAUAUCCGAGAAAUGUGGGAAGAACCGGAAAGCCGGCUCGAUAAGUACUUGGGACCGGGCGCCUAUGUUUGGACUAUUGUCUGGAGAUUUGUUACUCCGAUCUGUUGUUUGGUUAUAAUGUUCGCUUGGAUAUGGGAUAAAAAGUACCCAUUCAAAGGAGACAGCAAGAAGUACCCUCCAGUGUUUGAUGCUUUUGGCUGGUUUGUAGCAGCGCUCCCAUUUUUCGUUGUUCCAGUGUUUGCAGGUUUUGCAAUCAAAAGGUUCAAGGAUCUGAAUAUUCCAAUCCGUGGAGUUUUUAUGGUUCAAAAACAACACCCCGCUUACGAUCGAAUCAGUGAAAAGUGGCCGGAGUGGAAGCAAAAAAUUGGAGAUAAACUGCCAGAGCUGGAACCUGGCGAGGAUGACUUGGAAGAUGGCUUAGAAGGAUCUGAUGACGAUUUAUUUUAUGAGUACUGAGGUGUUUUCUGAAUAAAGUCGGUUU